CUGGCCAAUGACAACACUGCGAGAAGUCAAGGAAAGUAAUGACUUGAAGGCUAUACUGUGGAUCUCUCGUUCUUGUUCAUACUCUUUUCAUACCCUCAGAAACCACUAGUGGCGCAUCAUGGUAAAGUCAUACAGCAAGUACGAGCAGAGUGACGCUUUCGGCGUUGUCGCGACUGCCACCUCGAACCUCGUCUGGGCCGCCGAAGUUACCCAACCCGGCACCAAGUCCUCCGGAGCAGGGCGCGCUUACGCCGCCGCAAAUGAAGAAGUUCUCUGUUGGGAUGUCAAAAAGGGCGAACUGCUGAGCAGAUGGCGCGAUGCCAGCUGCACCGAGGAGGUCACAGUCAUCUGCAGGAGCGAAGUCGACCCGGAUGUGUUCGCUGUGGGGUACGCAGAUGGGAGCAUACGAAUCUGGGAUGCGAGGACGUCGACCGCCAUUAUCAGCUUUAAUGGACACAAAUCAGCCGUCACCACACUAGCCUUCGAUCAGAGUGGUGUGCGACUUGCAAGUGGUGCAAAGGAUACAGACAUUGUGAUCUGGGACCUUGUUUCUGAGACUGGUCUUUUCAAGCUCCGAGGACACAAAGGGCAGGUUACCGGCUUGCAAUUCAUCCACCCUGGAACAGCGCCACAGGAAGAUGAGGAGGAAAUGGAGAUGGACACAGACCAGGCAUUUCUUCUAUCGACAAGCAAGGACGCCUUGAUCAAGAUCUGGGACAUCAGCACACAGCACUGCAUUGAGACACAUAUCGCGCAAACAAACGGAGAGUGCUGGGCGUUGGGUGUAUCGCCAGAUGGCAGUGGCUGCAUCACAGCAGGAAAUGACGGUGAAUUGAAGGUCUGGGCUAUCGAUCUUGCUGGUCUACGACAGGCUGGAUCGGCCGUUGGCGAAGCUACCGAGCAGCGCUAUCUCAGAGCAAGGGGCACACUGUACCGAUCGGGCAAGGACCGAACACAGGGCAUUUCAUUCCACCCCAAGUCGAACUACGUUGCGGUACAUGGUGCAGAAAAAGCUGUCGAGAUCUGGCGAAUAAGGACCGAAGAUGAAGUGAAAAAGAGCUUAGCCAGAAAGAGGAGAAGAAGACGUGAGAAGGGCAAGAACGAGGCAAAUGCCGAUGCACAGGAGAACGAGGCGGAAGACAAGAUCAAUGUGGCUGACGCAGAGAUCGACGACGUGAUCACCUCUUACGUUACCGUGCGAACGGCAGGGAAGGUCAGAUCUGUUGCGUGGAUGAAGACCAGGGGUUCGAAGAAGAUGCAGCUUCUAAUCGGCACGAACAACAACCUCAUCGACGUAUACGACAUUCCUACGAAGAGCAAAUCAAAGACCGACGAAAUACCGGAUUACACUCGCACAUUGUCUGUUGAGCUUGCAGGUCACAGGAACGAUGUGCGGGCACUGGCGUUGAGCUCAGACGACCGCAUGUUAGCAUCAGCUUCGAGCGGUGGCCUCAAGAUCUGGAACAUCAAGACUCAGAACUGCCUGCGUACAUUAGAGUGUGGCUACGCACUUUGCUGCGCAUUCUUGCCUGGUGACAAGAUCGUAGUCGUGGGUACGAAAGAAGGCCACCUCGAAUUGUACGACAUCGCAGCCUCAUCAUUACUUGACAAGAUCGAGGCGCAUGAGGGCGCUAUCUGGACUCUGCAGGUCCACCCUGAUGGCAAGUCGCUCAUCACUGGAAGUGCGGACAAGUCGGUCAAAUUCUGGAACUUCGAGAUCGUUCAGGAAGAGAUUCCCGGUACAAAGCGUACAAUGCCUCGCCUCAAGCUUGUUCAAUCACGCAUCCUCAAACUGAAUGACGAUGUACUGAGCCUGCAAUUCUCGCCUGACUCCAGGCUGCUGGCUGUCGCCACUCUCGACAACACCGUCAAGGUCUUCUUCGUCGACUCGCUCAAGCUCUUCCUUAACCUGUAUGGCCACAAACUGCCAGUACUCAACAUGUCAAUAUCGAGCGACAGCAAGCUGAUCGCGACAUGUUCAGCAGACAAGAACGUCCGAAUUUGGGGUCUCGACUUUGGUGACUGUCACAAGGCGCUCUUCGGCCACGAAGAUAGUAUCAUGCAGAUCUCCUUUAUCCCACACCCCGUCGACGGCGACGACAAGCACAUCUUUUUCAGCGCCAGUAAAGACAAAACAAUCAAGAGCUGGGACGGCGACAAAUUCCAGCAAAUCCAAAAGUUCCGCGGUCACCACGGCGAGAUCUGGGCCAUGACACUCGCGCGCACGGGCGACUUCAUCGUCACCGCCUCCCACGACAAGAGCAUCCGCAUCUGGACCAAAUCCGACGAACCUAUCUUCCUCGAAGAAGAGCGCGAGCGCGAGCUUGAAGAACUCUACGAAAACACCCUCGCCCACUCCCUCGAAGACGAAGAACCUCUGAACGGCGAACGCGCAGAAGCAGUCGAUGCCUCCAAGCAGACAAUCAGCUCCCUCACGGCCGGAGAGCGCAUCCAAGAAGCACUCGAUCUCGGCAUCGCGGACUUGGAAGUUGUCCAGCAGUGGGAAGUGCAGAGGCGAGCGAACCCUAAGAUUGCGCCACCGCAGCGCCAUCCAUUGUUCAUGGCGCUGGGUAAUAUUUCAGCGGAGCGACAUGUUCUAAACACCAUGUCUAAGAUCCCCGCUGCACAACUUCAAGAUGCGCUCCUCGUACUGCCCUUCGCUUCGCUCCCUGCGCUGUUCAUAUUCCUCAGCAUAUGGGUCCAGAAACAGUGGAACGUCAUGCUCACUUGCCGCGUGCUGUUCUUCAUGCUCAAGACACACCAGAAGCAGAUCGUCGCGUCAAGGGAGCUGAAGACGGUGCUUGAGGAUAUGAGGGGUGACUUGAGGAGGAGCUUGAGUGGCAACAAGGACUUGAUCGGGUUUAACGUUGCAGCACUCAGGUUUGUGGGCGAGAGGGUCGAUGAGGCGAGGGUGGUGAGGUUGGAGGAUGUGGAAAGGAUCGAGGAGGAGGGUAAACAGAGGAAGAAGAGAGGGUUUGUGGAUGUUGCGUAAAAGUUUUGAGGGAAGUUAAAGCAUUGGGGAGGUGUUGGUGGUGUUGAU